CCCCUCCGCGCUGCUUCGCGCUCGGCGCCCCCUGCCCCGCCCCUCCUCCCACCCCCAUCCCCGCGGGGGGUGAGGGUGGCUCCGCUGGGUUGAUCGAUACAGGGGCGCCCACUUGGCCACUUGGCAGACCUACAUUCACCGUGGACAAACAGCCUCAGCUCCCUCAAGCAGCCCGUGCGAGCGCCCAGUGGAGCGCCCCCAGUCCCCGCAUUAGCUGGACGUCGUCAGCAUGCUCGUGGCGUCCGCCCUACGCUGCCGCCGGGCUGCUCCAGAUCUGGAGGCUCCAGCUGGAGACCUGGAGAGUUGAGUCCCUCCAUUUCAUCCUCCAGCACGGUGAUCAACCCCCCUGAUUUGAAUGGCCGAAUGCAGCGCCUCCUCGUCCAGCUGGUCCAAUGUGAGCAGCGCGAGCCAACGCUACCGGGAUCUGGACACAGCCGCCAUGCACUUCUGGAUAGACAAGCGUGGCACCGCCGGGCCGCACGGGGUGCCGCACCACGGGCACGGGCGCUACAGCCACCGGGUGUCGGCCUCGCUGGCCUCUAGCAGACUGCCCCCGGGCGCAGCCCCACAGCGACGCCGCCGCCCCAGCCGGUCCUCCCGCACCAAUGUGGCCAAGGCGACGACCCCCGCCGUGCACCGGCCGGGGGACGCCUCCACGUCCGGCACCACAACGUCGACCACGACGGCGCUGACGGCGUCCUCGCUGGCCGGCGGCUCCGGCUCGUCGUCGGGGUCGGCGCGGAGGGUGGGCGGCGCGGCGCCCGUCCUGGCGCCCGCCCCCUUGCUGGCCCGGGCCGCCCGCGCCCACCUUGCGCUGCCCCGGCCGCGGCCGCACCUCGCCUACAUGUAAGUGUGUGAGAGAGAG